AUGCGUCUCCCCGCCAGCGCCGCGCUGGAUCUGGACGACCACCCGAACCAAAGGAAGCACUCGGCAUCCAACCCCGAAGAAAUAGGCGAGGAACUUUACGUCGGCGAGGACGGAUUAAUCUCUGUGUCGCCUGUGGAUGCCAAGAGUCAAAUCGAUAAACUGAAGCAGCUACUGGAUCGCCGUGAGAAAGAACUUCGACAAGCGGCGGAGUAUGGACUGGGUCUGCUGCAAGCCAAUGACGAGAUGCAGAUGGAGGUAGCGACACUGAAAAUCCAGCUGGAGACGGAGACCGAGGAGCUGUCGGUGGAGCGGGAUAUGUGGCAGCGUCGAACGGAGCACGCGCAGCAGGAAACAGCGCAAUGGAAACGCAAAUUUGCGCGUGUGGAAGAAGAGAAAACGGAGCUGGCGGAGGAUUUCGAGCAGUUCGUUGACCGCUGCGAGUGUCGUGGCUUCGAUACAGGGGUUGCUAAUAGUGGGGGGAGAUACUCGCAUCACUUGGACACGAUAGCGCAGUUACAAACAGAACUUCAUGCUCUUCAAGCCAUAGAGCGCUCGAAUGAAGCGGAGUUGGCGUCAUUAAGGCUGUGGAAACAGGUGGCGGAGCAUCAGCAACAGGAAGCAUUAGAGUGUGAAGCGCUCGCAGCACAGAGCGAAGUGUCGUACAGGGAAAAGAUGGAGGCGGAGCGUGCGGCGACUCAACGUGCAAUGAAAGAAGUGAAGCACGAAAAUGAUUCACAGCGGACAGCUGCUCAAAAGCACGAGGAGGAGAUGAAAUCGUUAAAGAAGCAGCUUCGUCUAGCAGAAGAGGCGAGAGACGAUGCACAAGUGCACAGCAAUGAAUUACGUGAGACGCUGCUGUCGUCCGAGUCUCGAUGUAAGCGUCUUCAGCGCGAACUGGAGCUACUGGAGCAUGUUUCCUACUUCUCGCAAGCUAUCGUCGACCAGGACGACGAAGAAAGCGAUUCGGAUGACGAGAUCAUUGAAGAAAAAGAUCUUAAAACGGUUGUGUCUGCCAAACCGAGCAUUGAUACGAAGACUGACGACUGUGAUGCAGAAGAUCCGGCUAUGCCGUCACCGUUAGGGAUCAAACGAAGGCGGUCCUUCCUCGCGGCGAAUGCUGUGCCGUAUUCACCGUUCCCAAGGUCUGUCGUCGCUGAAGACGGCGAGCAGGUUACCGUGUCCAAGUCGGAGUUGGAGACUCACAAGAAACUCCACCACUAUUUCCACUUAACGGCGUUAAGUAUUAUCAACGAAAACAAUUUGCACGAACGCUGCUUCAGCUCAUCAAGUCGCCUCACGAUCGACAUGUGGUACCGUGAGAUCAGUGCAAAAGAAGUUCCGUUCCUCAUGUGGCACUCGUGGCUCAUCAACCGCAUCAGUGAAGUAGCUGCGUCUGUACAAGACGAAGAUAAAAUGCCUCAGCCGCCGACGUCUUCCUCAAAGCACCCAAGUUUCGGCGGCGCUUUCCACGGGUUUUCACUGAGGAAAAAAAGCGAUAGUGGCGAGAACGGCGCGAAGAACGCACUUCCGUCACCACCGACGGCGUCACCAGGGGCGUCGCCAGUGGCUCGUGUGCCGUUUACAGUGGCACGAGCAUUCUUUCGUUUGCUGCGAAAGAGAACUCAUGCAGGAGCAGACUCUUCACAAGUCAAUGGGUCUCCGGUUAGUGGUUCUCCCGCUGGAUAA